ACCUGCACGCCGUUCGAAUUUCGGUCCCGUUUUGUGGGUUCGCCACCAGAGAGCCGCCAUUUUCUGUCGCUCUUUAACCCUACAACUUCGGCGUAGACUUCUUCCGGCCGGGCAUUAGUUGUUUGCAGAUAACUGCGGCGAAGCUUCUCACGAGUUGGGUGCCUGGUUCUUCAUUUCCUCUUAUUAUCCCGUACACAGUUAUUACCCACCACCUCCACCUCCACCACCACCAUGCCGCCAAAGAAGAAGGGCUCCAAGAAAGCCCAGCAAGACGACUGGGAAGCCGAACUGGGCGAAUCCAUCCCAGCCGCGCAAUCCAACGACGCCCCCGCCGCAGACUCUCCCGCCGCCGCCGCCGACGAAUCCCCCGCACCCGCAUCCGCACCCGCAGACGACGAUGCCCUGGGCGGCGGCCUGAUGGCCGCGCUGCAGCGCCGCACCAAGAACAAGAAGAACAAGAAGGGGGCGAACAACGAUUUCGUCGAGGGGGAAGACGCCACUGCUGCCGCUGCUGCGGAGGAUCUGGCGAGUAAGGCGCCGCAGGAAGGGAGCUUCGAGGACGACGACGAUGUGUUUGCGGGGAAUUACGGGAAGAAGAAGGGGAAGGGGCAGGAGAAGAAGCAGGAGGAGGAGAAGCAGCCGGCUUCCCAGGCGCAGGCGGAUGGGCCGAGGGUGAAGACGAAGGCGGAGAAGGAGAAGGAGAAGAAGGAGAGGGAGAAACAGCGGAAGAAGGAGCAGGCGGCCAAGAAGAAGGCAACUGCUCCUGCGAAGACCGAAGCUCCAAAGGCAGAGGAGAAGGCAGCUCCCGCCGCAACCCCAGCGCCGGCCGCUGAGCCCGCCCCCGCUGCUGCCGGAGGCAAGAAGAAGAAGCUCAAUCCUGUGCUGCUGGCGCUGCAGAAACAGCAGGAGGAGCGACGAAGGCGGGAAGAGGAACUGGCGCGAUUGGAGGCCGAGGAGAAGGCGAGGAUUGAAGAGGAGGAGCGACGAGAGGCCGAGGAGCAGAAGCGGAGAGAGGAGGCCAGAGCACUCAAGAAGCAGAGGGAAAAGGAGAAGAUUGAGCAGCUGAAGAAGGAGGGCAAGUUUCUGACCAAGGCGCAGAAGGAGGCCAAGGCAAGGGCUGAGCUCCGGAUGAAGCAGAUGCUGGAAAGUGGCGGAGCCAAGGUUUUGGGCUUGGAGGAGCCGGUAGAGAAGAAGAAGCCCGUGUACGAUGAUCGGAAGAAGAAGCGGAACAAUAAAGCCCAGGAGCAGAAGGAAGCCGAAGCUGCGAAGGAGGCGGAAGAGGCGGCGAGGAAGCUGGAAGAGCUGCGGAUAGCUGAGGAGCAGGCUGCUGCUGCCGAAGCUGCAGCUCAGAAAGCCAAGGAGGAAGCUCUUGCGAAGAAGGCGGAGGAGACCGACAGUGGGGAUGACUGGGAGGCACAAGCGGACCAGAUGGAAGGCGUCAAGGACAGCUGGGACGCGGAGACAGACGAGGAGGAGGAAGCGAAGCCGAAGGAGAAGCCGGCUGCCAAACCCGAAGCGAAGCCUGCAGCCAAACCAGAAGCCGAAGCCACAUCUACGCCUGCGGCGAACGGAAAGCCUGCUGCUAAGAAGCCCGCAGAGCCCGAGUCGGAAUCCGAGAGUGAGAGCGAGGAAGAGUCAUCAGAAGAUGAGGAGCGCACAGCAACGCAGAGGGCAGAGGCAGCGCGAAAGGCUGCGGCGGCCGAGAGGCGCAAGAAGCAGCACGAGGAAGCUCUGGCUGCACGGUCAAAGGAUAACCUCCGUUCACCCAUUUGCUGUAUUCUCGGCCACGUCGAUACCGGAAAGACGAAGCUGCUCGACAAGAUCCGUUCAACCAAUGUCCAGGAAGGCGAAGCUGGUGGUAUCACGCAGCAGAUUGGCGCUACCUACUUCCCUGUCGAGGCGCUUCAGAAGAAGACGGCGGUCGUCAACAAGGACGGCAGCUUCAAGUUCAACGUCCCUGGUCUGCUGGUCAUCGAUACGCCCGGUCACGAGUCCUUCACUAACUUGCGGUCCCGCGGCUCGUCUCUCUGUAACAUCGCCAUUCUCGUCGUCGACAUUGUGCACGGUCUCGAGCCCCAGACUCUCGAAUCAAUGAGGUUGCUGCGCGAGAGGAAGACUCCCUUCAUCGUUGCGCUCAACAAAAUCGAUCGUCUGUACGGCUGGUCGCGCAUCGACAACAAUGGCUUCGAGGACAGCCUGGCGUUCCAGAAGAAGUCAACGCAGGCCGAGUUCGAGGAGCGCUGGAAGUUCGUCCACACGCAGCUCAUGGAGCAGGGCUUCAACUCGGAGCUCUUCUACAAGAACAAGAACAUGGCACGAUAUGUCUCUGUUGUUCCGACUUCGGCACAUACCGGCGAAGGUAUCCCGGAUAUGCUGAAGCUUAUCGUUAAGCUGACGCAGGAGCGUAUGACGUCCAACCUCAUGUACCUCUCCGAAGUGGAGUGCACGGUGCUCGAAGUCAAGGUCGUCGAAGGCCUCGGUACGACCAUCGAUGUGAUCCUAUCCAAUGGUGUGCUUCACGAAGGAGAUCGAAUAGUGCUAUGCGGUAACCCGGAACCCAUAGCCACGAACAUUCGCGCCCUCCUAACCCCGGCUGAAAUGAAGGAACUUCGCGUCAAAUCCCAAUACGUGCACAACAAGGAAGUCAAAGCCGCCAUGGGUAUCAAGAUCGCGGCUGACGGUCUCGACACUGCGAUUGCCGGCUCCCGCCUUCUGGUGGUUGGCAAGGACGACGACGAGGAAGAUCUCAUGGACGAAGUCAUGGGCGACCUCGCGCACCUGCUCAGCAAAGUCUCGAAGACGGGUCGCGGUGUCUCCGUGCAAGCAUCUACCCUGGGCUCGCUCGAAGCCCUGCUCGAGUUCCUGCGCGUCUCCAAGAUCCCCGUCGCGACCAUCUCCAUCGGCCCCGUCUUCAAGAAGGACGUGCUGCGCUGCGGUGUCAUGUUGGAGAAAGCGAAAGAGUACGCCGUGAUGCUGUGCUUCGACGUCAAGGUCGACAAGGAGGCGCGGCAGUACGCCGACGAGAUUGGCGUCAAGAUCUUCGAGGCCGACAUCAUCUACCACCUGUUCGACAAGUUCACGGCGCACAUGAAGGCGCUCGAGGAGCAGCGCAAGGAGGACAGCAAGAUGUUGGCUGUGUUCCCCUGCGUGCUCAAACCGGUGGCCGUGUUCAAUAAGAAGGAUCCCAUUGUUAUUGGCGUGGAUGUCGUGGAUGGGAAUUUGAAGCUCACGACGCCGAUUGCGUGUAUUAAGCGGAAUCCCGUCACGGGAACCAAGGAGAUUUUGCAGUUGGGUAGAGUAACGUCGAUCGAGCGCGACCACAAACAGAUACCCAUCUGCAAAAAGGGCCAGCCGUCCGUGGCCAUCAAGAUCGAGGGGCCCAACCAGCCCAUGUACGGCCGCCAUCUGGAGGAGAAGGAUAUGCUGUUCAGCGCCAUCAGCCGGAAGAGCAUCGAUACGCUCAAGGAAUUUUUCAGAAACGACGUCAGUCAGGAUGAGUGGAAGUUGAUUGUCAAGUUGAAGGGGGAGUUUGAUAUCAAUUAGGGCGGUGGGGUUGGGGAGAGGGGGCUUGGGUUUUGAGUUGCGGGAUGGGGAUGGGGA